CAGAGGCUGGAAGGGCGAGAGCGGUGCUCGGAGCCCUGCAGCCGAAGCGGAAGAAGAUGAAUGGCCCCAGGUCAGAACCUCAAGCUGAGUGGACCGCAGACCGCCCCCAGGGUGCCAGAAGCGGCGUCAGCUGCAGCCGCCAGCCCCGAUAGCCGCUGGUGCUGUCCACGGCCUGGCCGGGGGGCGGUCCGAACCCAGGACUGAGGCUUCUGCCACCUGCGCGGGCCGCCGCACACCUGAGCUCUGUCCGCCCCAGGACGGGACCUGAGGGCUCCGCAAAGCUUGCUUUUAUCUCUGAAGGUACAAGAAAGAAAGAAAUCCAAGAUCAGAGUUCACUGAUCCAUCCCGCUGCCAUUCUGGCUUUCCACGUUUUUGAAAGCUGGCCAUUCUGACCCCAGUUCAGAAAACUGCCAGCCACCGAGACCCGACGCUGAGGAGGCAAAGGCUUGGCAAGCUUCACACGGAGCGGGGCGAGACUGAGGGCAGGUUGGAGGCGUGUCCAGGACACCUGAGCCUUGACCCUUGGGACUUAGGCGGCUACUGCCGCCGCGGCUACCACAGACCCACCUCGAACUCCAAGGUUGAGUACCGCCGGCCACCACCAUGUCCUCCCCUGGGGCUAAUGUGUCUGCCUCCUCUGAAUCCGACCGUCUGAACAGCCCGGUGACCAUCCCGGCGGUGAUGUUCAUCUUCGGAGUGGUGGGCAACCUGGUGGCCAUCGUGGUGCUGUGCAAGUCGCGCAAGGAGCAGAAGGAGACGACCUUCUACACGUUGGUAUGCGGGCUGGCCGUCACCGACCUGUUGGGUACAUUGCUGGUGAGCCCGGUGACCAUCGCCACGUACAUGAAGGGACAGUGGCCCGGAGGCCCAGCGCUGUGCGAGUACAGCACCUUCAUCCUGCUCUUCUUUGGCCUGUCGGGCCUCAGCAUCAUCUGUGCCAUGAGCAUCGAGCGCUACCUGGCCAUCAACCACGCCUACUUCUACAGCCAAUUCGUGGACAAGCGGCUGGCGGGCCUCACGCUGGUUGCGGUCUACGCAUCCAACGUGCUCUUCUGCGCGCUGCCCAACAUGGGUCUGGGCAGCUCGAGGCUGCAUUACCCGAAUACCUGGUGCUUCAUCGACUGGACCACCAACGUGACGGCGCACGCCGCUUUUUCCUACAUGUACGCGGGCUUCAGCUCUUUCCUCAUUCUCGCCACAGUGCUGUGCAACGUGCUCGUGUGCGGCGCGCUGCUCCGCAUGCAUCGCCAGUUCAUGCGCCGCACCUCGCUGGGCACCGAGCAGCACCACGCGGCCGCCGCCGCCGUGGCCACUGCCGCUAACCCGGCCGCCGCCUCCCCCGCCCUGCCGCGCCUCAGCGACUUUCGCCGCCGCCGGAGCUUCCGCCGCAUCGCGGGCGCCGAGAUCCAGAUGGUCAUCUUACUCAUCGCCACGUCGGUGGUGGUACUCAUCUGCUCCAUCCCCCUCGUGGUGCGUGUGUUCAUCAACCAGUUGUAUCAGCCAGCUUUAGAACAAGAAAUCAGCAAAAACCCAGAUUUGCAGGCCAUCCGAAUUGCUGCUGUGAACCCCAUCCUAGACCCCUGGAUAUAUAUCCUCCUGCGGAAGACAGUGCUGAGUAAAGCAAUAGAGAAGAUCAAAUGCCUCUUCUGCCGCAUUGGUGGGUCACGCAGAGACGGUGGGGGACAGCACUGCUCAGACAGCAGGAGGACAUCCUCCGCCAUGUCCGGCCACUCUCGCUCCUUCCUUUCCCGGGACCUGAAGGAGAUCAGCAGCACAUCUCAGACCCUACUUUACAUGCCAGAACUCAGUGAAAAUGGCCUUGGAGGCAGGAAUUUGCUUCCAGGUGUGCCUGGCACAGGCCCGACCCAAGCAGACACCACCUCACUGAGGACUUUGCGAAUAUCAGAGACCUCGGACUCCUCACAGGGUCAGGACUCAGAAAGCAUCUUACUGGCAGAUGAGGUUGGUGGGAGUAGCAGGGCUGGGCCGGCCCCAAAGGGGAGCUCCCUGCAAGUCACAUUUCCCAAUGAAACACUGAACUUAUCAGAAAAAUGUAUAUAGUAGCCAAGGGAAAAAAAAAUACAGCACUGUUUCUGGAAGCUUAUAAAAUCCUGUGCAAUAGACACAUAAAUGGAGUGUUAAGCUGUGCUCAGAAGGGCUAUUUUUGUCCCAUAACUCACAAUAGUGAACAUCUGUCUUUAGAGCACUUUGCAGACAAUCAAGUUAAUUCAUAUGGGUUCUGAGGUCUGAAGCACAUUGGUUGCCACCUCAAGAUGACACAGGAUUUUGGUCACAACUUGAUAGCUGGUAAGAUCUACCCUCAGUUUUUCUACUUGAUACAAGGAUGGCAUAAGUUUUGCUAUUUUCCUAACAUCAAGAGCUUUUUAUCUGGCACCCAGCAGAAGGCCAGGUACAGAAGGGCUCAAUUCCAAUAAACUAUGAGGACUUUCUUAUGGAUGAUUUAAGUGUCUCACUAAAGCAUGAAAUGUGAAUUUUAUUGUUGUAAAUAAUGAUUUAAGGUAUUUAAAAUUAUUUUCUUCUCUGUGAGAAGGUUUAUUGUUAAUACAAGGUAUAAUAAAAGUUAUGGUAACCCCUCUCCCAAUAUAACCAGCUGCAGUUACAGAUUAAGUUUAUUUUUUUCAUAAACAAUGUGUUGAAAAUUCAUGGUAAGAUUCAUAUCUAUAAAAAAAAUUAAGUUUUUAAAAGAAAGAGUUUAUAACUAUAAAGGAAUAAAGGUAAAUACUAUUUAAGACAUAAAAAUUACAGUCCAAAAUAUUCUUUCGAAGCUAUGUGCAAUACAUAGUGAAAAUCCUUUAGUAAUGCUACAUGUAUUUAUCCAGAAAACUGGUUUCAGGAGAAUUUAACUUGCUAGUAAAUGUUUUUCUAUUUUUGUCCCCAUUAACUGGUACUUUUUAAAAUGAAUCAUAAAUUUUAAAGUUUUUGAUAACCCAUAAUUGAGGUGCAUAAUAUAAAAGUAAGUCUAAGCAGCUUGUUUUCCCCCUGAAAGUGUCCAUAGUUUUACUUUCCUACAGAAUGAUCUAGAAUAUCUUUUAAAAUUUAAGAAGGCAGCAGAUUGCACCAUGAAGGCCUUUUCUUUGAGAUGUGGAAGGAUUGGUUAAAUUUGCAUUUCACAGAUAAUCAUAAGAGUUGAACAACAUAAGGGGUGCAAAACUCAAGCACGUAAGAGUCACCUUCCAGCAAUUGUGUAACACCCCAUAAUGCCAUACACAUAUUUGAAGGACUCUUCUCAGAGAAAUAUUAAGCAUGCUUUGUUGCUCAAAGUGUUUUUGUGAAUUGCUUGGUUGUAACUAAAUUCUGAGCCUGAUAGUGAUAAUGGUUUUAAGAAGCAGUUGUACCAACUAAAAUUAUUUUGGAGAUUAUAGUAAAUAAAUACACUCAAGCUGAAUUCCAUA